UUCAUGAAUGAGUAAUGCCCCAGCAUAUUUGACGGGAACGCAAUUGAAGAGUUUCGUCUGUGACUCUGUGGCCAGGAGGCGAUUCAUCUCCUAAAAUACGAGGCGAAGUGAGAUUGAUGGGGAAUUAAACUCGUCCUGUACCGCACGCUGAGUGAAGAAACUCAUUAAGACUUGGUCUUAGAGGAAUGUUGCGACAGUGAAAUCUCUUCAUUGUCUCGAUACAAGCACAUUUCUAUCAUUUCUGUUGCACUCGCGCAACCAGCUGUGGAGCUGAAUGCUUGACGCGCACGCGUCCACCUCCUCGACACUGUUCGCUGGCAUGCACGAGCUUCAGAUUUGAACACCUCGGACGUUGACCCUCCCUCACAACAUGGAUUUUCGAGGGAAAUGCUUGAAAUAAUCAAACAACAUGAAUAAAGUGAAACGGCAGAGAAUUUCAGCUUGAGAUAUUAAACCUAAUGCUGGCUUGAACGUCCCGACACGUGUUUUUAUAGAAUUUGUGAACCAUCGUGAGAUUCAUGUAGCGUCUUUACUUUAUUUAAGACGUGUUUAUUUGAGAGAAUAAAUAAUAAUGUUAUAAAACGAAACCGUUCAGAAGGAACAAGAAAACAACAACAUCUGUUUGGAUUCUUUGACGUUUUGUGUGGAUGAAAAUAUUUAGCCAGGUCGAGACAUGGCUCGCCUUCUUGUCCUCGUUAACUCUGUCGGACUGUUGCUCUUCGGUAGUGAAAUGUUUCUGGUGGGAGCAAACCGUCCUCCUGCUCCAGUGAAUGUAUCAGUCAUGCAUCUGAGAGCUGACUCAGCAACAGUAUCCUGGGAGGUACCAGAGGGUGACAUCAUCAUUGGCUUUUCCAUUUCCCAACAGAGAAUGGACAGCAAAAUGCAGAGGUUUAUCAGAGAGGUGAACACCACCAGCAGGUCCUGUGUGCUAUGGGACCUGGAAGAGGAGACGGAUUACAUCAUCCAGGUACAAUCCAUCGGCCUGUAUGGAGAGAGUCAAGCCAGCAAACGUGUCCACUUCAGAACCCUGAAGAAAACUGACCGCUUUCCCUCAAACAGUUCAAACCAAGAUGACCCCACUGUACAAGGCCUGGAUAAAGCUAGACACCUGCAGACAGGGGAAAUGGUCAUCAUUGUGGUGGUGCUUCUAAUGUGGGCCGCCGUAAUAGCCCUGUUUUGCCGGCAGUAUGACAUAAUAAAGGACAAUGAUUCCAGCAACAGUAAAGAAAAGGUAAAACCCUGUUCAGAGAGAAGCACACCAGAGCAUCACAGUGGAGGACUGCUCCGGAGCAAGUUUCACCAGUCCGUGCCAUCUAUCAACAUCAUUGAUGUCUGAUGAAAGUAUUAUAGACGUCAGUCACACCAUCUGGUGCACCACCCGCAGUUUCAGGAUGACAGAAAAUCACUCAAAGCCUCCAUAACCAAACACUCAAGAAUCCACAUGGAUUAGCUCUACUGCAACAUUUUCUGCCCCAUGAAACUCAUAUCCAGCCUACCCAUAUACAUACAUGCACAUACAGUAUAUAUUAAAGCAAUCUAGUCCAGCAGUGGGGCUGUAAAUCAAAUAUUAUAAUUAUAAUGUAUGUCUAUAUUUUAUGACCAUAUGGAAGGAGAAAUACCAAAACUUUGUUCAUGCAUUGUGUCAGACUAAAUCAUGGGUUGUUUUCUGCUGUGUUGUACAGAAUAGUAAGGGAAGUGUAUUUUUGAUAUGGUAUCGACAGUAUUACAGAAUUUCUACUCUUUAUUAGCUUGUUUAGUUGUAUAGUUUGUGCAUGCACAUCUCAUUCCAAUAGCUUGUUGGAAUUGUACUGAGACAAAAGAAAUGUACAGAGGCAGGUCAUUAAAUUAAACUUGUUGUCUUAUUUUAAAUCAGGGGUGGGGAAACUUUUUCCCAUUAAGGGCCAUUCAAGUAUUUACGAAAUGAUUUGCAGGCCAUACAAUUGCUUGCAAUUUCUGAUUGUGGGUUGAAAUUAACAGACGCAUUCCGUUACGUGCUCACGACCAAGACUAAUUAUUUUUAUUACAUUUUUUUACAGUUAAUUGAAUCAAGGGCAUUUUUUUUUCAAAUGGCCUCGCAGGCCAGGUAAAAUGUUCUUUACCCACCCUUGGUUUAAAUAUAUGGUAAAAGUUGUGAAAUUGUGUCUCUGCUCCUUUUUAGAAAGCAAAAUGUUGUAAUCUCUGCUUGCAAAUAGUUUAGUCAGUUCACCUUCUACUUAGCCUAAAUACAAUUAGCAAUAUGUAUUUGUUUAUUUAUUUAUGUAUUGCUUGUUUGCUUCUCUAGAAGUUGUGAUAUGAUUUAAUAUGAUUUAAAAAGGUACCUGUAAGGAUACUCAAGAAUAUCUAUUAACUUUGAUUUUCAUAAAGAGAAAAGGCAUUUUUAUGUACAGUACAUGUUUGUGCUGCCAACAGUUUUUUCCAAAAUAUGUUAAUCUGCCACACUGAAUAGUGUGCAUAAGUGUUUAUCUCACUGUGUAGUGUAUAAAACAGGAUGUAGAUUUCAUGAAAAACAUUUAAAAUACGACGGGAUGAUUGUUAUUAAGAAUAUUACGAAAAUGUCACAAACCUCAUCAUAAAAUGUGAAUGCAUAGUUGUUAGCUCUUCUAAUUGCAUAUUGUACAUCAAUUAAUGUUUAU